GUCCAUAUGGAAGAGCCAUGCGGUGUGGAAGCACAGAUGAGAUCGGAGGACGGAUCCGCGCUGCAGGCGCAGGCGUAUAGCGGGCGUGAGCGCUACUACUGAUCUGUACACUCUUGAGCAUAAAUGGAGGGCGUUUGCUACAGGAACAAAGCAGUUUAUGUAGCCGCCGGGAUAGCAUGCCGGAUUGAACGUCCAUGCUCGCAUCAGCCCACAGUUUGGAUAAUACGCUGCUCUAAUUAGGAACAUAUAGACGUGAAAGCGAAUGCUCGGACGCGAACAAUUCAAUGGUGAAGCCAAAGCAUUGUAGGCAAAUUUGUGGAACUGUGCCGGCAUCAGAAGAGGGUGAGAGUGCCAACCCGAACGAGAACAUUUUCAAAUCAAGCACUAAUUGAGGGAAAUGUGAAAAAUUCAAAAUACGAAUGGAAGACCGCGAGCAUUAAAUAUUGGCGUGAAUAAAUAGUUAGUUACACAUUUGUCGAGAGCCCUUUGAAAAGCCAACAAUUCUGUCAUCAAACAAUUUGACAACUGCAAUACCGCAGAUAAGCGUCAAAAAUAAAAGAAGUAAAUCCAUCAACAGCAACAACAGCGAGACUCCACCGCAAGCCAGAAAAUACACCAAAGUAGCAACAAUAUUUCGUCGGUUGUAUGGUUGCAUCAUUUAGAUAUUUCCGCUUCAAAGGUGAUUGUCACAUGAAAUCGCUCAGUCGAUCAUCGCAGCGGCGCAAAGUAAUCAAACAUCAAACGUCGAACACCAAAUGAUAAACGGGAAAAACACAUGUUGCUUCCAAUCCAAAAAAGUGCGUGCAAAUGCAAAGCCAGCAACAACAAUUGUAGUAACUAGAAGUAGAACAGCACCCAACAACAAGUACAGCUUCUCUAAGUGGUAAAGAAGCAGUAAUAAAUUAAAAGAAGAAAUAGAAAGUCUCAAAUUAAAAGAAACUAAAGUGGAUUUCCGGUGAAUCAAGAAGUCAUCCGAAGAACUAACAACGCGCGCUCAAGAGGCUAGAGCAGCCGAAUGACGAAACCAUAUUCACAACACAUGUGUCAACGUGCACCCCUUGCGAGGCAUUUACAAAAAUAAACAGGCGGGUGCAACUAAAAAUGGAUUCAACACGCGACACACCUACAAACAUUGCAAAAACAACGAGUACAGUGCACAACGAGACUACAGCAACAGACAGCCACAACCACUCGGGCUGCCGCUGGAGGCAAAGUACGGGUGCCACAGUCAUAGACUCCGACAAGAGCCAUAAACCACAGCAUCGUCACAUAAAUUACAAAAAUAGACGCCAUCGUCGCAGCGAAGUUGCCACAGCAACCAGCAGACGAACAAAUGCGUUCAGUAGCCGCGCAGGAAUAGUCAUACGCGCAGCUACACCCGCAAUGGCUGCAUUUACGGAACUCUUUAAGCUAUUCACUUUCAGUAUUCUUUUGUUUUGUAUUUUGAAUCGGCUCGAUCCGGUGUUUGCCCGGAAGCCCACUUCACAGGAGCUAAACGAUUACGACGAUAGUAUAUUCGAGGUGCAGAAGCGUAGCGAACAGGAUGUUAAUGCAGAGACAGCAGCUGAAAACGGCGACAUCGACGGCAUUGGCGGCGAAGAUGGAGGCGGUCAGGCGAGGAAUGGUAGCAAGUCAAUCCCGGAUUUCGCACCACGCUUCAAGUCGUCAAAGCCUCCUCCGAAUAUAUACUCAAAACCUUCGGGCAGUUAUAUACAGUUAACAUGCCCGGCUGUUGGUAAACCAGAGCCAAACAUCACGUGGACGCGCAACGACACAAAGAUCAACCGUCAUAUGGGACGCGUUAAGAAGUCAAAAUGGGCUAUCAACAUGGAGGAUCUGGUGCCUGAGGACUCUGGCGUAUACAAGUGCAGGGUGUGUAAUUACCUGGGUUGCAUUGAACAUGCAACAAAGCUGAUCAUCAGUGAUCGCGUCAACCACAAACCAAUCAUACUAAAAGCUCCAGCUAAUCUAACAUUGCCCUUAAAUGCAAGCGGCCAAAUGGAAUGUGUCUUUCUGUCAGACCUUUACAGCAAGAAAACGUGGACUUUCACGCCAUGCAACAAGACUGCAUGCUCGAAGAAUUACACCUUUUUGAAACACGCUGAAGACAUAGACAUUUUGAAUUUUACGAAUGUCACACCUAUUAAUGAAGGCUGGUACACCUGCAUCGAAAUGAAUGGCCUGGGCCAAUCCUACAGCAAAGCCUACAUGCAUGUGCAAGACCCGAGUGUACGCGCUGUAACGAAAUUUAUGCACGGAUAUGAGAUUUGGGGUGUCGUGGCCGUCAUGGUGCUACUGGGGUUGGUCUGCAUCACAUUCUUCGUAUAUGUGUUGCGCAAAGUUAAACACGAAAAGCUACUCAAACAACGCAUUGAAACAGUGCAUCAGUGGACAAAGAAAGUGAUAAUUUAUAAACCGCCAAGUGGCGAUUCCAGCGGCUCGAUGGACACCAUGAUAAUGCCGGUGGUGAAAAUCGAAAAACAACGCACAACCGUGUUGCAGAGCUCCAACUCGGAGCCGGCACCAUUCAAUGAGUAUGAGUUCCCGCUGGAUUCGAACUGGGAAAUACCGCGCUCGCAGCUGAUACUAGGCGCUACACUGGGCGAAGGCGCUUUUGGCCGCGUCGUCAUGGCCGAAGUGAAUAACUCUAUUGUCGCCGUUAAAAUGGUGAAAGAAGGACACACCGAUGAUGAUAUUGCAAGUUUAGUGCGCGAAAUGGAAGUUAUGAAAAUCAUCGGUAAGCAUAUCAAUAUUAUCAAUUUGCUUGGCUGUUGCAGUCAAAACGGCCCACUUUACGUGAUUGUUGAGUUCGCACCACAUGGUAACCUAAAGGAUUUCCUCAACAAAAAUAGGCCGCUAACUGCAGGCACACUGAAAGAUUAUGGCGAUCAACAGCAUCAGUUGCCGCUACCAAAGCACAUUCUAACCGAGAAGCAUCUCAUUUCGUUCGCCUUCCAGAUCGCGCGCGGCAUGGAGUACUUGGCAUCUCGGCGUUGCAUACAUCGCGACUUGGCCGCGCGCAAUGUAUUGGUUAGCGAUGACUAUGUCAUGAAGAUUGCUGACUUCGGUUUGGCACGCGACAUACAGGACACCGACUACUAUCGAAAGAAUACCAAUGGUCGUUUGCCCAUCAAAUGGAUGGCGCCAGAAUCGCUGCAGGACAAAUUCUAUGAUUCGCAAAGUGAUGUCUGGUCUUAUGGCAUACUGCUCUGGGAGAUUAUGACUUUUGGUGCACAACCAUAUCCCACCAUCAUGUCCGCCGAAGAGCUUUACAGCUAUCUGAUGUCAGGGCAGCGUAUGGAAAAACCGCCUAAGUGCUCACUGAACAUUUAUAUGCUAAUGCGUCAGUGUUGGCAUUUCGAUGCCAGCGCGCGACCCACUUUUGCUGAGAUCGUCGAGAACUUAGACAAAUUGCUCUUGGCAAAUGAAGAUUAUCUGGACGUGGCCGUGGCGAAUCUGGAAACGCCCCCCUCAUCUAGCGACGAAGAAUCGGAUGUUGAAUCUCUGCGCUAUCACUACAAAUGAACUAUACGUGGUAGUGCGGAGACUGUGUAUCCAAAGGUUGUAUGUAAAUAGAAGCACAAUGGCGUUUACGAAAUCCGUGCGCUGUCACACACACACGCGCACUCUUUAGAAUUAGCUAACGAAAGUAUUUAAACACUCGACAUUAUGCGAGCUCAAACUACUUGUAAGUGUAACAGUUAAGGCUUAUGUAACUACAUACAUAUGUAUAUUCUAGUUAUUACGUAACAAUAGAUAUCAAAUAGUAUAAAAUCUCUAAGGGCGCUGUUAAGCAGACGGUCAUAUGAUCCCCGGUCACGGAACUUUUUCUCUAAUUUUUUCCAUUUUUACUCUCUUUGCCCAACAUGAUGUUCUGCAGAGGGUCAAACGACCAGCGUACUUCUUUAGCUCGGUUGCAUUUCUUUGGUAUAUUAUUUUACUAUAUUUUAAAUAUCGCACACUAAAUCAAAAACCGUCACAACUCAAAAAAUCCUAAAUGUUCAGCAGAGGCAAAAAACUGUUGAUGCUGCGCAAUCGACGCAAGCAAAACUAAGAAGUUUUAGUAGUAUUUUUCCAGUUAAAGAAGAUAGUGAUGAAGAAAAAAUUUUCGCGGACGUUUUAUGGAAAAAAAAUAAAUUUUGACAAAUUUUGUGUUGUACCAGUUUUUUAUUUAGGGUGCGAUAUGUGUUAUGAUAUGACGUAAAAAAAUAAGAAAUGGCAUAUGUAUGUAUGUGUACAAAAACAUGUCAAAAGCAAACAAAACAAGAGUUGCUAUCAUUAGGUUUAUUCUACAUAUGUACAUAUGUAUAUACUACUUUGUACACAUCUGCAGCAAAGAUGUAGCAUUCUGGUACUAAAAGGAGAAAUGGUAUGAAAAAUACUCCAUUUCGCUACUAAGAGGAACAAAUAGUAAAUUGUAUUCAUAAGCCAACCCUUUUUUGAUCGGUUAUUCGGUCUCAGCGGGCUGGUCAAAUUUGAACCGAUUGGUCAUGCGUUCAGUUCUCUCGCUCGCUCUUAAUUUUAUCGUUGUGCAGUGAGAGCAACAACAAUUGGUGACCAGGGAUCAUAUAAUCGCCUGCGUAACAUCGCCUUAAGUGAGAAUAUUGAAGAAACCAAAGGUAAAAUACCAAAAAUUAGUUAAGAAACAGGCUACAAUGGCCAAUUGUGCAAUCCGCAGCUCAAAAUAAUUUACAAAUAUCUUUGUACUUGUAUGUCUUAAACCUAAUACCAUUGUAUCCUCCGGCAAUUAAAUUUGUAUUUCAUGUA